UUUUCAGAUAGGAUCAUGUUCUGAACGAGUUUAAUUCUCAUGUAGACACUGUAUGGAUGAACUAGAGAUAAAUGAUUAUUUACGCCGAGCGCUGGAGAGUGCUGGUGGACAGUUUUCUGAGCUAUCAGUUUCGUACAAUGACCAAGAGGAAGAAGUUGAUGAUGGGACAGCUUUUUUAACAGAUCGGCCUCUUACGCCCAAAGCUGAGGUCAAUGAGGCAGAACAGUUUCAUGCUAACACUGAUAACUCAGAUAACAGACUGAAGCAGAUUAAGACCCAGAAAGCAGCUAGACUUGUUGCGGAAGCCUGUGAAAUAAUGAAACUCAACCAAUUUCUAGAAGCAAAUGCCAAAUUGAGUAGAGCCAUACAAAUGAAAAGUGAUAAUGCCAAUUAUUACAUGCUCAGAGGGGAAUGCUGUUUGCAGCUAUGUGACUUCAAAGAGUCUAUUAUAAACUAUAAUCAUGCAAUCUAUCUUUCACCAGAUAGUUCAGAUGAGUGGGAAGAGAGACUGGCUUACAUUCACUACCUCUACAGUCAGAUCCUGUAUGAUGAACAUGACUAUGAGGGUACUUUAGUUCAAAUCAACUUUGCUUUGCACUACAGCCCAAACAAGUUUUCAUAUCAAUGCCGGAAAAUAGCUUAUCUUUAUGCCUUGAAACAGCACAAAGCAUGUUUGGAACUUGUGGAAGAAUUACUUAAAGAUAACGAGAAAGCUGAGCUUUAUGUUUUAAGAGCCAGACUCAACAAGUUAUUUGGUCAUAUCACAAAGUGUUUCUAUGAUGUCCAUAAAGCGCUAGAGUUAGACCCUGAUAACCUCCAAGCUUCCAAUAUUGUGGAAGAGUUGAAUAAAUCUGCUGAGGACUGCAGGUCAGUUGCAGUUAAUCAAGCUCUAAGUGGAAAUCUAGCGGAGGCAAUUAAUAAAAUAACUGUGUCUAUUGAUACAAACCCUACUAUCGCAGAGUACACUGUUUUUAGGGGAACACUUCUUCGGCAGCAAGGGCAGUAUGAUGAGGCUAUUGAUGAUUUCAUGAAGGCUCUUACCAAAGUGGGGGAGGAUAGUAAGACACAUAUUGACGCAUUGAGGCAACUUGUGUUAACAUAUAAUGACUUUGCUGUGGAAUGUUAUUCCAAGAGUUACUUUGAAGAGGCAAUCUCUCUCUUAGAUCAAGCCAUAAAACGUGAGAGAAACGAGAAAGGAUUUUACAUGAACAGAGGCGACAGUUUCAGAAUGAUCGGUUACCUCAGCUUUGCUCUGGCAGACUACCAACAAGCACUUGAACUGGAUCCCCAUGAUUGGGUAAUCAUUUCCCGGAUAAGUUUGGUUCACCACCAGUAUGGUAAAGAAUACACCAACAAGCAUUAUGCUGAUGCAGAGAAGUGCUUCACCACAGCCAUCACAUGUAACGCCAAGAUCGCUCAGUAUUACAUUUCAAGGGCGUGGUCCCGGUUCAUGCAGAAGCACUUGCCAGCAAGCCGCGCUGAUCUCCUGCGUGCAAUGUACCUGGAUAGUUCUAUUGAGGAGGGUGUCAUGCUUGCUGCAAGACUUUAUCCUAACCAGAACAUAGACUCUAUUCUCAAUGCAAAGAGCAGUCAAAAGAUAUUGAAUCAGAUGAAAGAGCUUGUAGCAGGGGAGUCCUCAACACACGAUCAAGUGGUGUUAUCUUCCAAUACUCUAGCACAUGAGCCUCUUGCUGAUGAGAACAUAGCGCAGUACAAAACCUGGAUGGACAGAUAUAAAACUAAAAAUAAUGAUGUCAAAGUUCUUCUUGAGAGCCGACCUACGCUCAAUCAGAAAAUUCCGAAGAUUAUCUCCCAUCAGAAGGUGAAUCAGCAGGAAAAUACAACUUGUGGAUGGAUGAAGAAAUAUUUUGAUAGCAAAGCUAGCCCAGUUAGUUGAGACUGUGUACAGUCGAAACCUUGUUAUAAUUCUCUUUGUCAGAUUACAUUCGAAUUUACCUGAUCGUUGAUUAGAAAGGUGUUAGUGUGGAUGCUGUCAAUUGUCCCUCUGUUUGAACUAAAAUUUUAAGAUAGAGAUAUAAAUGCCAGAAGAACGAUGUGAUAGAUAUCUUAAUCAAUUUGAUCCAAAGAAAUAAUUAAUUUGUGCAUUAUAACUGAUGCUAUUGAUAAAUUUUCAAUCAUACAUUUUUUAGAAACUGAUUUUAUACCA